AUGUUAAGUCAAGUUAAAGCUGCUGAACCAAAAUGUGAAGCGGUAACUCUUACACAUGUUACUUUAGAUAAAAUCAGCACAGAUGAAAAUCCAUUGGAAAAUGUAAAGACAUUAUUGAGUCCAAUUAUUUUCAUCAUUAAAUCAAUUUAUACUAUAGUAUCAUACAUAAUUUCAUUCAUUCUUUAUGUCUUAAGUCCAGUUUUUUGGAUAUUGGAAGGUUUAUUUAAUGUAUUUAUUCUAACACCUUAUACUAUUACGCAGAAAAUAUAUUCAUAUUUUUAUCCAUUAUUUAUGUUUUUGGUCAUUGCAUCUAUUUUUGGGAUCCUUGUCGGUGGUAUGGCAGGAUGGUUUUCAGAAGUCAUUGCUGGAGUGUUGACUACUCCUGUAAGAAAUGAAUUAUCUUAUGUCGAACAGGAAGAUGAAAGAACGAGAACAGACAAAUUGAAAAGACGUGCUCAAGUUUUAGCAAAUAUGAGGGCAAGAAAUGGUGGAAGAAUGCCCGAUGAGUUUUAUGAAAGAUAUAUGAGCGCUCAAAAUAGACAAGGAACGAUACAACGAGGACAAAGUUUUCCUUAUCAACAAAACAAUAAUAUGGAUUACAAAGGUUAUACUGGUAUAGGAGAAGAUUAA